UAGUACACGUAUUUACCGUGCGGACAAAAUUCAUAAAACGGAUGUUGAAUUAAAAUUAGAGAGCUACGACGAUUAGUAAUAUAUAAAGAUCAAAUUUACAAAAAAAAAUAGAUAUUUCGGUUACUCAAAAUUAAUAAAAUAAGUAAUAUGUUAUAUUAUUGAUUAAAUAGUUAAUAAUCGUUAAAUAAUUUUAUGGCAAGCGAAUAUGUUUUAUUUGCAAUCAUUAAAUUAACCAUCAACGGAAACGUGACAAAACUUGUAUAAACAACCGGAAACGUGUAUGUCUUUGUGUAAAUAAAUUGACACGCUUUACGUGAAACAGCUGAUUCAAACAAGUAAAAAGUAAAAGAAAAAUAAUAUAUCAAGGAAUUUCGGAAUUCUUCCCUUUCUACUGGAUUUUAUGGCUGCAUUGUAGCUUGAAAUUGUUUGCACUUGAAAGCAAUAUCCUUUAAAUUUAUGUAUUUAUUUGGUGUCCUUGCAUUCAAGUAUCGUCUGUGUAACGGUGUGUAAUAAAUACGAGCAGUAAAAGAUACAAAAAAAAUAAGAUAAAAUAAAAUAAAAAACGAAAACAAUAACUCAUAACAAAACAAGAGUGCACAAUAUUCAAAAAGCGCCAGAAAAAAAAAAACAAGAGGAAAUUAAAUAAAAUAUAAGAAGAAAGUUUUAGUAACAGCUAUAAAUAAAACUAAUCAAUAUGAACCCCGAAGAGAUUCAUCAAAUUAAAAAAACCUGGGAGAUUCCAAUGGAAAAUCCAGCUGAAUCGGGUGCAGCAAUAUUACUUCAAUUUUUCACCAAAUAUCCGUCCAAUUUGCAAAAGUUUUCAGCAUUCAAAGAUUCACCUAUACCAGAACUACCUAAUAACCCUCGUUUCAAAGCACAUGCAGUACGUAUUAUUCGCGUUUUUGAUGAUUCCAUACAAUUACUGGGCUACGAUGUAGCAGCUGAAAAACUAGAAGAAAUGUGGUCUAAGAUUGCUACAUCCCAUUUUCAUAGACAAAUUCAAAGGCAAUCAUUUAAUGAACUUAAAGAAGUUAUACUUGAAGUCCUUACUGCUGCCUGUUCUCUAAACGAGCAACAAAUCGCCGCAUGGUCCAAAUUAAUGGAUAUUGUCUACAGCAUUGUUUUUCAGAAGUUGGAUAAACUUGAAUCUGGAGAGCAAUAGAACUAACUGCAUAUCGUUGAAUAAACAGAUAUUCAUAAAUAUAUAAAUGCAUUUUAGCAGCAGCACACACACACACACGCAUUUAGAUUUAGUAGGGGUUUCAUGUGAUUUAUAGUUUGCUAACAUAGGAGAAUAUAUAAUCAAUGUAAAAUUUUUUGACUCAUGACUUAUGGCUCAUGAAUGAAAUUCUACAAUAUCAGAACUUCUUGUUUUUAUAAAAUUUUACUUUUAAUGUAUACACUAGUACGAUAAGUACAAGUAAAUAAUUUACAGGAAUCUAGUUAGCUUUGUAUACACUCUACACCCUCUACCCUUAAACACAAGGAUUCUGUUUUUUAUAUGUUGAGUACACGCGCUUAUAACAUUUUAUCAAAUUAAUUUAAAAAAAAAUUAUAAAAAAGUAAUUCAAUAAUGUUUUAACAUAUAUAUGUAAUGGUACUAAAACAACGCUUUAAACGUAACAUUUGUAAGAUUCUAAUAACUAAUUUAGAAAUAGUAAACAAUGUAAAACAAUGGAACAAUAUUUGUAAGUUC